AUGGAAGACGUGGGGCAGCGGGUGGCCCCUCCUACAGCCUCAGCCUACCGUGGGACGCAGCGCGCCACUGGUCAGCCCGAGGUCGCUCCAGUUUCUGAGGAGGCUGCACAACUACAAAACGUCUCACUGACGUCACCUUCUUGUAGGGCUUCGAAUCCAGUGGACAGGAGGGCCGCGGGGCGUGGGGAGGGCCCGCACUUCCUGGCCCCUCUUGUGGGGACUCGCCCGCGCACCGCACCUUUCUCCAGCACAGCCGGCGCCGCCGCUGCACCCAGCCGUCGCCCGGCUGCGCCUCCUGCGGCGCAACAGCCUCCGUCCAGCAGUGGACGCCUGCCGCCACUCCGUGCGGUCUCCGCCUACGAGGACCCUCGGACACCGGCGUCUCACCGGCUGGCUGAGGCGACGCAUUGGCUGCAGGCGGGCGUCGACCGUCGUAGCGGACGCUGUCGGUGUGGAGGCGCGCGCUCGCAGACGGCGCGGCCACCUCGAGGGCUGGAGCUGCAGGCAACGCUGGCUGGGAGGAGAGGCCUCCCUGAGAGGACGCGGUCCACGUGCACUCGGGCAGAGUCGGAGCACCGAAGCAGCUGUCCGACCGUCUCAGACCGAGCACCGGCUGCUCCCUCCCGAUCAGAAGCAGUCUACGGCUCCUCCGCUGCUACAGCCGAGGACAGACCGUCCGAGCUGAGGCCGAGGCGGCACUGCAAGAAGACGUCGCACGGGCGAGCUGAUAUCCAACGCGCAUCCGGCUACAUCAGCUAUGCAGCGACCGCAGCAGCCCGUAGCAGACCAGCAGCCACGCCCCUCCGCGCCGUAGCUGUCAACGCCGGGGGCGGUGACCUACACGGAGUCAGCGCGCCGCGCCGAGCGCCGCCCAACAAUCACUCCGCACCGCUCACCAAAUACAACAUUAUUGAUUUUUUUGAAAUGUUCACAUAA